ACAACCUCUGCACUUUUUAAUAAAGGAAUAAUAAAAGUUUUUAAAAUGUUCGAGAGGCGUCCCGAGUUGCAUCAAUUUGCGGAAGUUUUCGAACAGGAAAAUUGUACAGCAGAAACGAUUGUUGAGAAUGGAUCACGGAUUAUUCUGGCCAUCUAUGAGGCUCCUAAAAUAGAAGUAUCUAUUGAAAACCACCGAUACAUGUCAUUUGCGAAAUCAACACGACUUAAUCUUAAUACCGCAGUGAAAUUGGCGUCACUUCCACCUACGGCCGCAACAGCAUGCCAACAUCUAAGUCGAGUGUAUUAUCAGGUACAGAAUUGGCUUGGAAAGGAUUUGAAUCCUGAACAAUGGACAUGGACAAUAAAUAAUAAUAUUUUGGAGCCCCUCAAGACUUUAUCACCACCUGCACCAGAUGUACUUUUAUGUACGAUCGGGCCACAAAGUACCUAUUUGCGCCCUAAUUUGCGGGCGUAA